AUGCUCGGCGAGGAGGCCACAGACGGUGACUGGGCCAUCACCGACCCGCCUCCCACAGCCCCUCAGCACACCACCAUCGUCGCACCCGCCGCCCAGGACACCACGGCCGAGCAGGCCACCACGGCCGACCACCAGGAGGGUGAGGAGGGAGGCGGCGUGAGCACUGAGUCGGCGGCCGAGACGGAGGAGGAGGGCAAGACGGCCGAGGGAGCCAUCGAGGCGGGCGGGCCUUCGCCUGCUGGGUCGCCACUCGAGGAUGCCAUCGGGGGCGCCAGCGACUCGGACGAGGCCGCCGCCAACAUCACCACCGAUAUGUGUGUCUGUCUCUGUGUGUGUGGGUGUGUGUGUGUGCGUGUGAUGUAGGACAUCGGGAAGAUUCUGAUACCGGUGUGUGAGGCACUUCUCGCUGAAGCUCGUGCCCAUCGGGGUGAGUGGCACUCUCGGCAGAGACUGCCCUGUCGUGGAGGAGCUGCAGGUGUGGUACACAUACAGAAUCUAAAGGAGGGAAAAGCUGCAUCAGUGGUGCUGUUCUCUGCUGUGCUGGGGAGUAGGUGCGUGAGUUGAUAGAGGCGGACAUCGCUGAGAAGUACAAGUGCAAGGGCGUGGAGCUCGGGCCUCAGAACCACAAAGAACACAAGGUCAGCGAGAGAGAGAGGGACAGAAAGGAAGAUGGGAUGCGACUGCAUGGAACGGUCGACUGGUGCGCAUCAGACGCUGGAGGAUGCCAAGGCGGCGUGGAAGGACAAAAACUGGAUCACGACGACAUUCGCACGGUCAGCGCCGAACAGUCAGCACACGCUGGGGAUGAUGUCUGUCAAUUGUUGCUCCGUGGUGUGUGAUGAUCUGUUGGGUUCAGACUGGCAUAUGUCAGAACGGCCCAUCAAGCCGCCCCUCCCCCCCCGCCCACACGUGGCGCGUCCUGCCCCCAUACGCGAGGUGCCCGCCACGGAGAGGGUGGGCAGCGUGGCCAUCAAGUCGGCCAAGACGGAGAGGGCGUGGCAGAAGCUGCAGAAAUAGAUCGUCUACAACUGGUUCCUCACCCACAGGGCCUGCUCCUUCAAGUGGCGGCAGGAGGCCAUCCACAAGGGCAUCAAGGAGGUGUGGGGCGUCGAGUUCCCACCCUACCAGCCCACAGACGAGGUGGAGAAGAUGUUCUUUGGCCAUUCGUUUAGUCGCAAGAACAAGGCCCUGUGAGUGAGUGAGCGGGUGGGUGAAGUGCCUGGACGGCUGUGAACGGACAAGAGCUCGAGAAGAAAACCAAGAGGUUGCUGGCCAUAUGGCUGUGUGUCGCAUCUUGUCAUGGUGGCUUGCAGGCUGAGGGAUUGCUGCCUACAUUUUAUAUCAUGGCUGUCUUGUUUCGCAUAGGAUGCAGCGCACACGGGUGAGACAUGAAGAGAAUCACGGAGACACGAACAAACUACAGAGUGGAGCAUUAUAUGUUUGUGUUUUGAAGUGGGGCGUGUGGAGCGGCGACCAACACCGACAGCGGAGAGGAGGAGGGCAAGGCCAAGGAGGAGGCCAAGGAGGAGCAGCCGAUGCUGGACAAGGACGGCGAUCCCAUCAAGAUCGACUUCAACGCCUUCGCCAGACACUUGACGAAGAAGUACGAGCUCUACGUGCUGCCCUACGCCCACUUCCCCCUGCCCCCGCCCACACGUGACACGUGCUGCCUCCCUUCGACGGCUAGCAGAAGGGCAGCAGCACUGUGGUGACGUCGCACAUGGUCCUCACGGGCGACAAGGAGAUGGUGGGGCAGGCGGCCAUCAAGUGGGCCAUGACGCCGAAGGCUUGGGAGGGGCUCAAGAAAGAGAUCAUAUACAACUGGUUCCUCACCCACGAGGCCUGCUCCCAGCCGUGGCGGCAGGAGGCCAUCCUCAAGGCCAUCAAGGAGCAGUGGGGAGUGGACUACCCGCCCUACGAGCCCACAGACGAGCUGGAGAAGAUGUUCCACGGCUAUUCGUUCAGCCGCAAGAACACUGCCUCGAGUGCGAGUGACUGA